AUGUCGUCGACGGCUGCGGCCGUUUUGUCGAUAACCGAAUCUUCUUCAAACAAUGCAGCUAUGUCGGGUGUCGAUAAGGCUGCAGUACUUGCCGAUGGCUCUGUGCUUCUAGUCGCUAUUCUAUUUCUAGCCGUGCUUUCAGUGGCUUUGAUCUCAAUAUUACUGCAGUACAGAUGCCAUUCACAAGAAAUGGUCAUACCACUGCCAUCCACAACAUCGGCACAAUGGGCUUAUGCUUCAACAAGUACGUCGUAUACACUUAAUUCAUUGAAAUCAUAUAGGGUAUAG